UUACAAGAAGGCGGGACUUCUCUUUCCCAGCCAACUUUCAAUGAGUCGAGUUUGUUCACUCCGGCAAUUAUCUUUUGUCGAAUUUGGAUCGGAGCAGUUUAUUUGAUCGUAUACGGCGAGAUUAAGUGUUUCUUAUCAUGUUGACACUGGUCCUUUUGCUGCUUUCUUGUGUACUUUCAGCCCAGUGUAAAGAGCAUCAGACUUUAAAGAGGCAGGUGAAUGAACAAAAAUGUUCCUAUCAGCUAACAGGAUACCUCGACGAUUGCACUUGUGAUAUUGAAACUAUUCAAGACUUUAAUAACAAGAAGCUAUUUCCCAAAAUGCGAGAACUGCUAGAAAGUGAUUACUUCAGAUAUUACAAGGUGAAUUUAAAGAAGCCUUGUCCCUUCUGGUCAGAUAGUAGUCACUGUGGUCUGAGAGAUUGUGCUGUUCAACCUUGUGAGCCCAAUGAAAUACCAGCAGGAAUUAGAUCAGAAAAUUUAAAGUAUACAAUGGAAGCAAAUGUGAUUUCCCAACAUGACCAGGACUGUGAAAAGGCUGAGAAGCUUGGUGCUGUCAACAAUUCAUUGAGUGAAGAAACAAAACAAGCAGUAUUGGACUGGAACAGACAUGAUGAUUCUACAGACAACUUCUGUGAAGUUGAUGAUGAACACUGUCCAGACGCUGAAUAUGUAGAUCUGCUUCUCAACCCUGAACGUUACACAGGCUAUAAAGGUCCUGAAGCAUGGAAGAUCUGGAAUAGUAUCUAUGAGGAAAACUGUUUCAAGCCAAACUCCAUUAGAAGACCAUUCAACCCAUUGCUUCCUGGCAGAGGUGAGGAAGAUGGAACCUUCUAUAGCUGGCUGCAAGGACUGUGUUUAGAGAAACGAUCAUUCUAUCGAGCAGUUUCUGGUCUGCAUACAAGCAUCAACAUACAUCUGAGUGCACGAUAUUUAUUACAAGAUACCUGGUAUGAAAGAAAGUGGGGACAUAACGUCACAGAAUUCCAGCAGCGGUUUGAUGCACAGAUUACUAAUGGAGAAGGACCACGGAGACUCCGAAAUCUUUAUUUCUUGUACCUCAUAGAGUUGAGGGCUUUAGCGAAAGUGUUGCCUUUCUUUGAGCGCUCUACCUUCCAACUUUACACAGGAAACAAUGCACAGGAUACAAAAAAUAAAAAACUUCUCCUGGAAAUUCUUCACUUGGCCAAAUCAUUUCCCUUUCCCUUUGAUGAACAUUCCUUGUUUGCUGGGGAAACAAAGGAAGCUGAAAAUCUCAAGGAAGAAUUUCGUCUGCAUUUCAAAAAUAUUUCAAGAAUAAUGGAUUGCGUUGGUUGCUUUAAAUGUAGACUCUGGGGCAAACUUCAGACACAGGGAUUGGGUACUGCUUUGAAAAUCCUGUUCUCAGAGAAGCAAAUAAAAAACUUACCAGAAUCUGGUCCAUCUCAAAGAUUCCACUUGAAACGUCAAGAUAUUGUUGCACUCCUUAAUGCUUUUGGCAGAAUUUCCACAAGUAUCCAGGAGCUUCAGAACUUCACCGAGUUACUGGAAACUGUACAAUAAUGGGUCCAAACUGCCCAUUAGUUGUUAACUCAAAGGACAGGUCUACUCCCCUCAUUAAUACCAUAUAACUUUUGCAACAAAGAAAUGUAAUUGAGUUCUACAGCUUAAGUCUGUAAUGGUUUGUUUUUAAAAACAAUCACUGAUCACUCCUGGGCAGCUGCCUAAAUUUUACUGAAUGUGAAAAUGGAUUGAAAUUGAGUCAUGUUGUGCUAUGAAAUAGCUUGGUCUAUGAAGGGAUAUCAAUGAUUAUUCUGUACCUUUCUAUUGCUAAAUUUUCUAAUCUAAAUACUGGCAAAUGUGUUG